CCCCCCUCACCUGCUGCCGCAGGCCGCAUCCCCCCUCUCCUCCUCCUCCUCCUCCCCCCAACUGCCCCCCGCUCCGCCCGCGCAAGGGAAAGGAAAAAAGGGCUCGACGACUUUGCCGGACGCGGCGGCGCAUCCCCCAUCCCGUCCCACCCCCAGCCCCCCAUCGCCGCGUCCCAUCGCAUCGCAUGGCUGAGGACGCCGCGGCGGGCUCCCCGCUCCUGGACCUGCCGGAGCCGCUGCUGCUCCACAUCCUGGGCUUCCUCACCGACGCGCGGUCGCGGCACCGCGUCGCGCUGGCGUGCCACAGGCUCCUCGCGGCGGAGCGGGCCACGCGCGCCGCGCUCUCGCUGCGCGGGGACCCGCGGUCGGACGUGUUCCUCUACCUCAUCAGGCCGACGUUCUGCUUCCCGGCGCUGGAGCGGCUCGACCUCUCGCUGGUGUCGCCGUGGGGCCACCCGUUCCUCUCCUCCGCGGCGCCGUCUGCCGACGCCGUCGCGCCGGCCGUGGCGGCGGAGGAGGUCGCGGGGCAGAACGCCCUCAUCGCGGCGCGCCUCGCCUACUGCUUCCCCGCCGUGUCCUCGCUCGCCGUCUACUGCCGCGACCCCACCACGCUCGCCAGCCUCACCCCGCACUGGAGGUCCCGCCUCCGCAGUGUCAAGCUCGUGCGCUGGCACCAGCGCCCGCCCGGCCUCGACGCCGGCGCGGAUCUCGAGCCCCUCCUCGGGGACUGCCCCGCGCUCAGGGCGCUCGACCUCUCCGAGUUCUACUGCUGGACGGAGGACAUCCAGCCUGCGCUUGCGGCGCACCCGGCAGCCGCCGCGGCGCUCACCGAGCUCGACCUCGGCCUCGCGGGCGCCACGGACGGGUUCUACGCCGCCGAGCUGGGGGCCAUCGCGAGAUUCUGCCCCAAUCUUCGCAAGCUCGUGGCGCCCUGUGUGUUCAACCCUCGGUACGUUGACUUCGUCAGCGACGACGCGCUUCUCACCAUCGCCACCAGCUGCCCCAAGCUGUCGAUCCUGCGGCUCCGAGAACCUUUUGAGCUGGCGGCCACCAGCCAACGGGAGGACGCGGCAAUCACCGUCGCAGGGCUGGUCUCCUUCUUCGCUGCACUGCCGGAGCUAGAGGAUUUCACGCUUGACCUGCGGCAUAAUGUGCUGGAGACAGCGCCGGCCAUGGAGGCGCUUGCCCGCAGGUGCCCACGGAUCAAGUUCUUGACGCUGGGGGGCUUCCAGGGGUUGUGCAAGGCAUCUUGGCUGCACCUCGACGGCGUUGCUGUGUGUGGUUCGCUGGAGUCGCUAUGCAUCAAGGGUUGUUUGGAUCUCACUGACGCCAGCCUUGCUGCCAUAGGUCGUGGGUGCGGGAGGCUUGCUAAGUUCGCCAUCCAUGGCUGUGAUCUUGUCACAUCAGUUGGGAUCAGGAGGCUAGCAACGGCGCUUCGGCCCACAAUCAAAGAAGUCAGUAUCUUGCACUGCCGGCUUCUGGACACAGCAACAUGCCUCACUGCUUUAAGUCCGAUCCGUGAUCGCAUUGAGAGUCUUGAGGUCAGCUGUGUCUGGAAGGAAGUUGAACAGCCUGAGAGCGUGGCCAAUGGCACAACCGGAUGUGAUCAUGAAGAUGAUGAUCUCGGUGAAGUGACAUAUGAGUCUGCAUCGAAGAAAUGUAGGUACAUGGAAUUGGAUGAUCUAGUCAGCUGGGAGAUGCUACGUUCACUCUCCCUCUGGUUCCCUGCUGGUGAGGUACUCUCCCCACUCAUCUCUGCUGGGCUUGAUAGCUGCCCUGUUCUAGAGGAGAUCUCAAUUAAAGUGGAGGGUGAUUGCCGUGCACGCCCUGGCCCAUUUUUUGGCCUGAGGUAUCUUGCAGGCUUCCCAGUACUUGCUAAGAUGAAAUUGGAUCUGAGUGAGGCGGUUGGGUAUGCUCUUACUGCACCAGCAGGCCAGAUGGAUCUCUCUCUGUGGGAGCGAUUUUAUUUGCAUGGUAUAGAUUCACUAAUGACUCUGUAUGAGCUGGAUUAUUGGCCUCCCCAAGACAAGGAAGUGAACCAGCGUAGCCUGACACUGCCCGCUGUGGGACUGCUCCAGGGCUGCGUUGGGCUCAGGAAGCUCUUCGUCCAUGGCACCACACAUGAGCAUUUCCUGACCUUCUUCUUGAAGGUGCCAAAUUUGAGGGACAUGCAGCUAAGGGAGGACUACUAUCCCGCACCAGAGAGUGAUAUGAUGAACACGGAAAUGCGAGCUGAGUCUUGGCUCCGGUUCGAGAAUCAGCUGAACAUCAGGCUAAUUGAGGAUUAAUGGUGAAUUUGGUGAACUGUGAGAGCAUCAGAUGAAUACAGAGGUGCUGAUUUCAGACCGGACUGAACCAAGUGGAGUUGAUGCGGGGUUGGUGUUCUGUGAUGGAUGAGCUGCUUGUGACCACGGAAGUAGCAAGGAUAGCUGGUGUACAGCUGUUGAGGAGAGUAGAAGACAAUGCUUUCUCCAUCCAACAAAUAUCGGUGAUCUUUCUAGAUGCUUUUUUUUUAAAUAAGAAUGUAUAAUAAGAGUGCUGAUGCGGAAUUCAGAUAUUUGCAAGAGUUGCUACGGUAAACUUAGGAUUUGUGGGAACUUUGCAGGGAUGCUUUUUUUCUCCCUUUUUUUGAGCUGAGUCCAGUUGUACACCGGAAGGGUAAAGUGGCAUUGGUCUUGUGAUUCUGUAACGAUUUACACGUGGUUCUGUAAAAAGAAAUAAAAAAAUGUCAUUUCGUUUUCUUUCUUA